AUGGCGCCACAAGACACAUACAUCGACGAUGAAGAGGACUGCUGCCCCCUUUGCAUCGAGGAGUUCGAUCUCUCCGACCGGAAUUUCCGACCAUGUCCUUGCGGAUACCAGAUAUGUCAAUUUUGUUUCAACAACAUCCGCAACAACAUGAACGGCCUGUGUCCAGCAUGUCGGCGGCCAUACGACGACAAAACGAUACAGUGGAAAAUGGUCACUCAGGAAGAGAUUGCCGAGUUCCAGAGGAACAUACAGAAAAACCAAAAGAAGCGUGCUGCCGAGCAGCGUCAAAGGGAGGCGCAGAAGCGCGAGGCCGAGAAGGAGAACCGCAAGAACCUUGUUGGCGUUCGGGUGGUCCAGAAAAACCUGGUUUAUGUGACCGGCUUGACACCCACAGUCCGCGAGGAAGAGUUGCUCAAGAGUCUCCGUAGGCACGAGUUCUUCGGACAGUACGGCAAUAUCCUGAAGAUUUCCAUAAGCAGCCGCAAGGGCAACGACGGCCAGAACCAGUCCCUCGGCGUCUACGUUACAUUCGAAAAGAAGGAGGACGCUGCGCGAUGUAUUCUGGCCGUUAAUGGCUCCCAGAACGGCGACAGGAUCCUCAGGGCCCAGCUUGGUACGACCAAGUACUGCUCCGCAUGGCUUCGACACGAGCAGUGCACCAACCGGCAGUGCAUGUUCCUGCACGAGUUGGGCGAUGAGGAGGACAGCUAUAGCCGGCAGGAUCUAUCUUCCAUGAACAGCAUCAGUUCUCAGCGCCCCAUUCAAAAUCCCGGUACCUCCCGUUCUGCUUCAAGGCAACAAGCUCACCAGUCGCCCGCUCCUGCCCUUGCGCAACCCAUGGUCAGGAGCUCUAGCAAGGACGGAUCGGAUAAUGGCGAUGCACCGGCCCUCCCGCCCUCCGCGAACUGGGCUCGCAACCCGCAAGUACGCAGUCGUCGGGGCAGUCAUGCCACCAGUGGGGCAGCACCGAGCCCCGCCAUCUCAAGCGCCUUACCGGCCACUGCAGAAUCCGCUGUUGAGGAAGCGUCAGCUGAUUCACCCGCCGCUGGACCUUCGACCAAGGCUACCCCGUCCGCAAACCUAUCAAAGCCACCAACUCCACCUGCUCAGAAAGCCAAACGCGCCUCGCAGGAUGCGCUCAAAUCUCUUCUCAAGUCACUUGAGAGCUGCUCUCUCAAAUGGCCGAAAUUGGCGAAUGAAGAUGAACUGUCUAAGCUAUAUCCCCCACUCUUCGACAGCCGUGGCGGGAUGCGACGGAGAGCCAUGCGCGCGGCCGAAGAUACGAGCAGCGUCGGCGAUCAACAAUCGGGUGGCGCCCGAGAGGCUUCAGAGGGUGAACCCGAGAGCAGCGGCAGUCUUGCGCUCGGCGGCGAGCCCGAGGACCGCGACCAUAGCCGUGACCCCCACAGUUAUGACCCGCAUCGAAUCGCACAACCCCCCAUUCAGAGGAGCAACACAGAGGGGCUGUUUGGUCAGGCCGUCGGCGCAAGCUUUACCGCCCAAGCGACUGCGAACCUUGGCUCGGUUGGGGCCCGGACCAUGACGCCGCAGCAGCCUGCAUUCAUGCGCCAGCCCGGCGCAUUUGUCGAUCAUUUAUCUGCGCAGGCAAACCUGUUUCAGGGCCAAGGUCACAACCGUCAGGGCUCGCGCUUCAGUUUCGCCAAUGACGGCAGAGACGCGGCAUCGGCCACCUCGGUCAAGCUGACCGCCAACCCCCGCAUCAUGGCUCAGCAGUCUUCGAUGAUGCCGUCCUCCUUCCACAACCAACCAGGCAGUCAGUACUAUGCCUCUUCUAUGCCGGGCCCUCCACCCGGGCUCAAGUCGACGGGCACGCCGCCGGGCGUGUUUGGUCAGCACGGUUUUGGAUCGGCCGCUUUUGGCGGUGCGUCUAAGGACUCCAACGAAAUUCUGCAGCUCUUUGGCCGUGGGCGAGCUGCUGGCACUCAGGCUCAUGAAGCCGUAAAGCGUGAGUUGAUGUUCUAUCCUUUUCCUAAUCAGUACCCACCCUCUACUUCCUCCACCCCAGCUCCUGCCUCGAGCCGCCUGGCAAUGCUCUACGGUUCUCAGCCUGGAGCCUUCCAAGACUUGGGUUCAAAGCAGAAGAAGAAGGGGAAGAAGCACAGACACGCUAACACUUCCUCCUCUGGGGGGAGUGGCUCAGCAGAUCUUGCGGACCCGAGUAUCCUGCAGGCGACGAGAAUGCAGUCUCAGCAGCAUCUGCAGCAACAGAGCAAUGCCGCACUCGGACAGGGCCUGUUCGGUGGUCAGUCGCAAGACGAUGAUCUACUUGCUAUGGACGAGGUGAGGACCAGCAUCGAAGCGCUAGUGGCGGAUGAGCCAAUUGAUGCCAACAUCCGCCAACCUCCUGGAACGUUCGAGCCGUUUGGCCGGCUCAAAACGCCUUCGGUUCCUCCUGGACUGGGGCUUCCAAACGCGCAUCCUUCGCCAGCCGUCUCGCAUUCGUCUUUGCAAGCAACGAGUACUGGUCGUCACACGCCGCCGGUAGCCCUCCCCAAGGUUCCAGUCAAGCCUCCAGUGGCCACAGUCUCCAGUCCACUGAGUGGAAAGAAGACGAUUGCUCAACCCGUAACUGAGGCGAAAAAGAACAUCAAGGCGCUUGCUGCCGAAAGCGGCCUGUCGAAGGAAAUCAAUUCAAAAGCGAAAUCGCAGAAACUUCUGCAGGACGAAGAAUUUCCCGCACUUGGUUCCCCGAAACCACAGCGGGCAGCAACACCGGUCGUCCAACCUAAGGCACCAGCGGGUAAAGCAGCCUCGGCUGGAAGUAAGAAGCCAGCUGAAAAGACGAAGGAUGUGGAUACAGCGAAGGAGGAGCCCGUAUCUGCACCGGCCAGGGGCGAAACCCCGAAGCCUGUGGCACGCGCUGCUGAGAAGAUUCCAGAGAAGACAGCCGAGAAAAAGGUGGAGAAACGACCAGUUCCUGGCAUCCUGAACAUCGCUGCAGCUACCAAGGCGGCUCAGAUGAAGAAUGCAGAGGCGCAAUCAACGGACAAGUCGGCCGCGGACCGUGACUCUGCGUUUCCGGCUCUCCCAACCCCGACGGCCGCGUCCGUUUCUUCUCCCCUGGCGCGAACGGCCCCAAAGACGCUGCGAGUGGUAUCCACGCCGAAAACUGAGACGCCGUCAACGCCAGUGAACGGUCCCGCUUCGAUCCUCGCCGCUCCCGUUGCACGAGCAGUCGCAGCCGCCGCCAUCCGACCCGAGACACCAGCCAGCGAACUCAUAUCCGAUAGUGCAUCCAUCAUCUCGGCUUCCAUUUCGGCAUCGCGAACGAACUCGCCCCCGCCGUCAAAGAUCGGGUCUGCGCCGAUGCGGGCCACCACCAAAAGCCAGCAGCGUAAACAGCGCAAAGAGGCUUUGAAGAAGGAGGCCGCCACCAUCUCGGCUCAACCGGCCAAGGCAGAGCCCGCCGAAAUCGCUCCGAUCAUUGGCCGGAAGAAGAAGCAGAAAAAAGACAAGCCUAACAGCCGGAAUGCGACACCCACGGAAAGCAGCUCGGAGAAUCCGCUAGCGCCCCAAACCAUGCCCGCCGACGAGGUUAAAGAAAACGACGAGGUCAAGGACGCUAAGGAGGUUAAGGAGGUAAAAGAGGUCAAGGAAAUUAAGGAGGUCAAGGAGGUCAGGGAGGUCAAAGAAGAGUCUUCGACCUAUCGGUCGACGGCAAACGAAACGACCACCCUGACUGACGAGCCGCAUAACAGGUAUGGCGACCUUAAAGGAAAGAUGGCGGAGGCUAGAAAGAAUUUGGACCACUCGACGACACCACGGAUCAUGCCGACCCCGGCGGCGGUCCUGCGCGAUCUUCAAGAGGCCGGGCUGGUAUCUGGCAACAUUGAUGACCUAGCCUUCCUCAAGUCGGUGAGCGCCCAACUGGAUAAGUGGAAGAACGACCCCAACAACGCGGGUCUGCGGGAUCUGGCAGCGAGGAACACCAUGACGCCGACAAAAUCCAUCGUCACAGAGGAUGACCAGACAGCCCUCAUGGCUGGAAACCCCGUGCGCAAGGUGGUUGACGGCGUUCGCAUCCUGCUGACACCCAACGGCGACUGCGUGCGCAAUCUUAGCCCGGAGGAGGAAGACCGCUUCCUGGAGCUGCAACAACUCGUGGCCACGUCCAUCACCAACCCGGCCGCUUUUGUUUCGCCGCGCCAUGAAGCCGGCGGCGGCUUCAGCCUGAUCAAGGGCCGCGCGGUGCCGAACGGCCCUCCAAGCUACUUCCCGCCUGGGCCGGGGGCCUACCCGUCUGACCCGGUCAACAAAAUCCAGCGCGAGGAGGCAAUCUACUACAUUAAUCAGUACGUCUUGCCGCGGCUUAACCUCAAUGCCAGAGACAUGAGUCUGCCGAAGGCGAUGUCGUCGUGGACGACGGAUCCACGGGGUACCGCUGCUCAGGCUGCCGCCAACCUCAGCUCAGUCGCGCCUUGGCUGUACGGCGGUAUUAGCCCGUCAUCGCACGGCGCGGACGUUGAUGUUGACGUCACUGCGGAUGCCGCCGCUCCGGAACUGAACUACCCGGGCCCAAUUGGCGCGUUUGCUGACCCCCUCCAUCACAUACCGCAUCACCUCCAGCCGCAUUCUCACCCGCACUUCCCUCAUCCUGGCUUUGCUCCGUACCUUGACCUGCCGAACGGCAGUCCCGGCUCACAGCCUCCUCUCGCGGACGAGAUCCGUGACAGCUCGGCCAACAGCGGCAACAACACCAAUGCCAGCACCAACAAAUCACCGAUGAGCUACCACUCCCCAGGCCCCUUUGGCAACGUCCCACUCAUGUCCCUCGAGGAUGCAGAGCAGGCGCUCGCCGCGGCGAGGAAGGAGACGGAGAAACUGGAAAAGAGCCUCAACCAGCUCAUGAAGAAGAAUAGGAAGCUUCUGCUCUCCAUGGCCGGCGGCGCUGCUUCGUCUGCUUCGCCCACGGCGACGGCUGUCCUCGCGGGCGGCGCCGCUUCCGGUGGUGGGGGCCAUUGA